GGUUUGGGGGUGCAGGAGUAUAGAUUAUAUAUUAUCCAGUAAUGGGGCUGCAGGCAGAUAUGAUAAGGAAGUAGGUGCAGUGCGUGUGAAUGAAUGAGCAGAAGGCGUAAAUGUGCUGUUAGGAGGGGCCCGGCAUGUCUGUUGUUCCAGUUCUAGUGAAUGGAUGAAAGACCGUGGGGCAGUUAGUGGGUGAGUCUGUGAGUGACUCACCGCAUUCCAGAGCCGUCACCAGGGGGAAGGGAGUGGGUUGGGAGCGGCAGGAGGUGAAAUGAUUUCUAACUUAUCUUUUCAUUCUGCCCAGUCACACAGGAGGAGGCAGCGGCAGCUCCAGGCAGUGGAAGGAGAGGCUUUAGCCCCCCGCCUAGAACCCACAAGGCAUCUAGAACCUUAAGUAGAGCCCAGAAUGAAAAUGCAGCUGGGGCAGGUGAUCAUGGAGGGGGAGCUGGAAAAGCGCAGCGACAAUCUACUUCAGUUCUGGAGAAAAAAGAUGUGUGUCCUGACCAAAGAAAGUCUCAGUCUGUUCCCGGACGCACAGAAAAAGUCCAAGUGCAAAGAGCUGAAGUUCCAGAGCAUCAAGAAACUGGACUGCGUGGAGCGGACUGACAAGUACAUCUACUUCACUAUCGUCACCACCAACAACAAAGAGAUCGAUUUCCGAUGCCCGGACCAGAGCGCUUGGAAUGCGGCGAUCACUUUGGCGCUGAUAGAAUUUCAGAACAAGGCGGCCGUGCGGAGCUUCAGGUCCCAGCAGGGCACUGACACCAGGGUGGCACCGUGUGUGUGAGGCAGGUUGAAAUACUUUGCUAUGGACCAAAUGAGAAAGUGCUCUGGGGAGCAGCAUGGCAGCACACGCAGCUUCUUCUCAAGGAUAACAGAAGGAGUAAGUGAAGCAUUUGCACUUGGUUGGCUGGAAUGUGCUUUUAUGGCUGCAGACUGGAACAACCGGCCAAACAUUGGCCAAACCUACUAUUGGACUAUUUCAUUUAUUUAUUAGUGGAAAGUAUUCUGCAAUUCAGACUGGAUUUGUCCGGAUAAUUUAUUAUAUGAAGCCUUAUCGAUGCAUCUGUAUUUAUUCCUAUGGCUUUCUCCUUUCAGAUAUAUAUUUUUAUGUCAUCUUGAAUAAUUAUAAAUAUGUGUAAUACUAAUUAAUUUAUUAAAGUGACAUUUUUAUAAACUUU